UGAACAACCAGAUCGGAUCGAAUAGUCUAAGCCAACAACAUUUAAUUCACUUAACCUAAAAUGCAUUUCGCCAAAUACCUCAGCUUCGUCGCAAUGGCCCUCACUGGCGCGAACGCGCUCGGAGGCGUUCUCGAAUGUGACUUCGACCUCUUUCCUCCUGGACGUACGCCUACCAUUGCCGAUGGCGCAAAGCUCUUCACUUUCGCUUGCAUCAAAGUAUUUGGCUGCGAGCACUCUUUGGCACCGACGAUCUCUGGCGAGCAGUUUAUCGGUGCCUGCUUGAACUGCCCUACGAAGGCCGACGAUAUUGUAUAUGGUGGUUGCCUUCUUAGUCUUGAGGAUUGAGACGUAUUGAGGGUUGAUGUGGUGAAAUAGUGUUUGGAGGAGGGCAAGUGAUGGCUAAGGAACGCAGCAUUUCAACAGUCAAAGUUCCAUCCCUAAAUCCUUAUCAAUUUCACCACCAUAAAUAUCUAG